ACACUUGACAGUGACAGAAGCUGUUUAGGUUAUACACAUCAUAAACAAAACUAGAAAAAAAUAAAUUGUUAAUUUAUUAUUAAUAAAAUGUACCAGUGAAGUGAUUGAGAUUUGAUAAAAAUAGCACCUUCGUUAAAAAUGGAUCAUACAAGGUUAGUAGUGGAAACAAUUCGGCAAGAAGUAACUGAAAACAAUUUACAACUCAAAGCCCUAAUCCAAGAUAUUGAUGAAUGUGUGGGGCCCCUAGUAGAACUACAAGCCUUAAACAGUGCAGGGCGUUCAAAAAUAAGUACUUUACGAAAAUUAAUAAGCAAAUUUAGUGAUUUAGCAACUGAAACUAAAAGUACUAUUUUACUUAAAGAUGUUGCUUUGUAUAGAGAACAGUUCGCAAAUAGUAUGGACGCUUUUAAAAAAGCGAACUUAAAAUCUAUGUCAGCAAUAGAACAAGGUACAAAAGAAGAGCUAGUCAAGCAUACAGCUGAAGAUACAGAUGUAAGGCAACGCCAAAAACGCAACAAAGAAAAUAUGGCUACGAUUAGCUCCAAUGUCACAGACCAACUACUCUCUAUUAGUAGACAAUUAGCUGAUACAACCCAAAGGAGUGCGAACACUUUGGAAUCUUUGGUGUAUUCUUCAGAUAGCGUUAUAGGGACUCAAGAGGAGCUCAAAGUGACUUCUAGCGUAAUAGGACAAUCAGGAAAGCUUUUAGCAAAAUAUGGACGAAGAGAGUUUACAGACAAGAUACUAAUGUGUUUUGCUUUUGCAUUUUUUAUAUGUUGUGUUGUUUAUAUUGUUCAAAAAAGGCUGUUUUAAAUUAUGGCAGGCUUGUUACGUAUUUUAAUAAGUUCUACAGAGCACAAUCAUCCUGCAAUUUUUUUGAUUAUUUGAAUGCUAUGCUGGAGCAACGUUGUAACUGCCAGUAGUUUCAUAUGUGGGUUUUCCAGGGACAAUGUUCUAUAUGCCCAAAAUAAUAAAUAAUGUACUACUGACUGUGGGGAAUAUUACGAAACCAUACUUCAUGUAUCUUAUAGUCUAUCAUAUUAAACUCAUAGAUUCUGUUUUUUAAUAAUCAGUUAUAAUGGGUUUUUUUUCAAUUUAUUGACAAAAUCUGAUUUAAAGUUUACAAAGUUGUUCCAGCAUAGCAUUCAUUUGUUAAAUUUUUCAGAUAAAGAUUUUUUGUAAACUUGUUAACCAGUAAUCAUCGGCUUACUGCCAAAACCAACCAACUCCAUUUUAAAAGUUUUGGGAAAUCUACCUUUUAAACUUUAAUUUGAAAUUGAAAAUCGACUGAAUUUAAAAAAAUUAUUUAAUAACUGAAAAAUAUUUUUGUCAUAUUUUUCAAUUAUUAAAUUAUUUAAAUUCAGACGAUUUUUCAUUUCAAAUUAAAGUUUAAAAGGUAGAUUUCUCAAAACUUUUAAAAAUGGAGUUGGUUGGUUUUGGCAGUAAGCCGACAAUAUGUUUAUAAUGCUGGUAUAUAUAUGUACUUCUUAUUGAAAUAAGAUGUCAUAGUUUAUCUUAACAGAGAUUACAAUUGGUGCUACUAUGGUAUGAGGUUACCUGUCCCUGUCUAUUAUACUGUGCAAAAUAAGCCAAUUUUGUGGUUUAUUAUAAUAAUUAUUAUGAUUGAUAUGCCUUAUUCACUUUGUAAAGAUUUUUUUGCUGGCACUGUAUACCUACCUGUGUGGCUAAACAAUACCAUAAUCUUUUCUCAGAAGGGUUUGCACACUAUAAUGAAAAAAAUUAAUAAAA